GUAGGAAAAUAAAGACCACUCAUAAAGAAAAGAAAGUGUUGAACCGAAAGAGUUGAGUAGCUUCAUCUUUCAUCUCCACUAUAAUUUAUAUUCCAUUGUCGUUACCUUUUGGUGUUUUGCCGACUGUUACCUGUAAAAGGAGUUAAGGAUCCAUGUCCAAAACUGCCGACUCUCUCUCUCUCUCUCUCUAAUUCAGAAACUCCAACUACCCCUCUUUUGAUUUGGCUUUCUCUCUCGAUCUAGUGAAAAAACCGACUUGAGCAAGGAGUAAAAAAAAAACAAAGAGCGCGACUUUUCAGCCAUGGAAGCCAUAAGAAAGCAAGCGGCAAAGCUCAGAGAGCAAGUUGCUAGGCAACAGCAAGCGGUGUUGAAGCAUUUAGGGCAUGUUAACGCGGAUGCUGUGGUUGUUGAUGAAGAAGAGCUUCAUUGUCAUCAGAAACUUCAAGAACUAUACAGCUCCACCAAGGCUGCAAAGCGGUUGCAAAGGAACAUUGUUCGUGGGCUAGAAGGGUUCAUUGCGACAGGCACGAAAGUUGUAGAGAUCGGGUUGAAGUUUGCUGAAGAUUUUAAGAAAUAUGGAGAUGAGAAUCCCGAUGCUAACACUCCUCUCUCAAGAGUUUCACAUCACUUUGGGACCUCUUACAAGUCGGUGGAGGAUGGCAGGGAAACUCUACUUGGAGUUCUUAGUGAGCAGGUUUGUGAGCCAAUUCGUACAAUGAUAUAUAGUGCGCCUUUGGAGGAUGCAAGGCAUUUAGUGAAUCAUUACGACAGGUUGAGACAAGAAGUCGAAGCACAGGCGACUGAUGUACUGAGGAGAAGAUCAAAGUUGAAGGAAUCUGAUGUUUCUGAAGAGGCUUACAUGAAGCUUAAGAACUCUGAGUCCAGAUUGGCUGACCUCAAAUCAAGCAUGAAAACACUUGGAAAAGAAGCUACUAAGGCUAUGUUAGAAGUGGACAAUCAGCAGCAGAGCGUAACUUAUCAGCGCCUCCGUACCCUGGUUGAAGCUGAGAUAUCAUAUCAUCGCAAUGCUCUUGAUAUCCUUGAUAAGCUACAUUCUGAGAUGAUUGCUGAGGAAGAAGCUAUAGAAUCAUCACCAAAGUCUCUACCUCUACCUUUACAUUUGGAGGAUACUGUUUCACAUCCCCAAGCCAGUCACAGUGGAGAGAGCAAAUCAAACCACCAAGGAGAAACCAAGCAUACUACUCCCCAUGAAGAAGUAACCAAACCCAAUCCAAAGGAAGACAUGGAGUCUAGUCCCGAAGUAGAAAUCAAAUCCAAACCUCAGAAAGAAAUCAAGUCUUCUAGUCCACAGGAAGAUACCAAAACCUCCAAUGGAUCUGAUGAUCAUCACAGUCAUCAGCAACUUCUCAGUCAAAAUGAUUCCUACUUUCUUGCAAAGGUUGUGCACCCGUUUGAUGCUCAAGCGCCAGGAGAACUGAGUCUAGCGGUUGAUGAUUAUGUCAUCGUGCGACAGGUGGCUGGGACAGGGUGGUCGGAAGGAGAAUACAAGGGGAAAGCCGGAUGGUUUCCGUCGGCGUACGUGGAGAAACAAGAGAAAGCUCCUGCGAGCAAGAUUGUGGAAGCAAACCUUAACCAGCAAUGAUCUCACCCUCGAUAAUGUAUGAUAUGUUUGAUGUUUCCACGAGUACAUACGUAUGAUCAUUAUGUGUGUUGUUUCUUCCUUGUUUAUGUAUCAUCACAAGUCUUACUACUCUUCUUGGAGUCGUUUUCUCCUAUCUUAACUUUUGUUUGAUGGGUUCUCUGUUUCUUCUGUAAUAUUUACUCUCAAAAUGAUAAUGAUAUCUUCUUCCUUCUUAA